AUGCUCCAGAUAAGAUUCCUAGGGCCUGCUGUUCCUGACCCUCCGCGCCGACCAAAUUGCUGCACAGACUUCGAUACAAGCUGUCUCGAUACAGGAUGGCGUCGCAAGAAUCUGAACGCGUCGUGCGAUCCAUGGCCGUACUUAUUCCCGUGGCGCGCGUUGGAACCUGGGGAAUCACUCUCAACCGACGAGUUCUUAGCCACCGCCGCAUCUGGCGGCGCAAACCGCGGAGCAUUGCUCGCUCCAGCGGGUGUGACGCUGGUGGAAGCCGCGGCCGCGACAGCAGAAGGAACGGCAUCGCCUGCUGACGUGUCAAUAACGAAUGGGGUCACGGGAGUCACGGACGCUCUACUAGCAGCUGAUGGGUCCCGAUUUUUACAGCUGACUUCCGCUUUUUCCGCGUCGUCUAAUGGCGACGGCGCUUCUGGUAGUAGCAAUGGCAGCAGCAAUAGUAACAAUAGUAGUAGCGGCCCAGGCGUGGCGCAAGCGCUGUGCGAACUCAAGCCCGCGGCGCCAACGAGCAACGAGUCGCAGCAGGCUCAGCAGCAGCAGUCCCCGCGCCAGCUGUCCCUCUCGUUCUUUGCGCGCGCCAGCCUGUGCGCGGAGGGGGAAGGGGGCGCGGAUGGGGGCGCGGAAGGGGAGGCGGAAGGGGAGGCGGAGCGGCUGUUGAGGGUGCUGCUGCUGGCAGUUCCGCUGAACGCUUCCGCCACCGCCACAGCUGGAGGAGGGGGAGCAACUGGGGGAGGGGCGGGGGAAGGAGGAGCGGGGGAGCAGGUGUGGGGGGAGUGGCGGGUGGGCGUGCCGUGUGGGGGAAGCAGCGCGAGUUUGUCCGGCGCCUUGCCUUGGUUCCAAGUGGGUCCCCUCCUCUUCCCCCUCCCUGACCUCCCAGAUUCCUCCUCUUCUUCUUCCCCUUCCUCGCUGGUAGUGCCCCCAGGGGGAGUGACGCUGCACUUGGUGAUUCGAGCCGGAGGAGGAGCAGUAUUGGGGAGCACUGCUAUCGACCUCGUGUCUGUCAUGCCUACCCGCACCGACCCCUCUCCUCUCAAGUCCUUCUCCCACUGGCCGCUCUCCAGCUCCUACCCGCUCCUCACAGCCGGCUCAACCCGACGCAACCGAUCCUCCCUCUCCCUCACCACGCUCUCUGACCUUAACUCUGCUGCUCUCGCGCUGCACCCCGCCCCCUUCGCCCUGCUCGCCCCCGCCACGCCCGCCUCCCCCUGCCGCCCCUUCUCCUUCUCCACCUCCUUCGCCUUCCGCAUCUCCUCCCCCAACGCCGCCGGGCUGGGUGGCGAGGGCUUGGCGUUUGUGAUGCUGCCGACGCCCACGCUCGGCCUGCCGGGGCCCUCCCUGGGCUACGGCCGCGUGCUGCUAUCCCCGGGGAGCACAACUGUUGCUGAUAAUUCGAGUUCCGGCAGUGGCGUGUCAUCUCAGGAACAUGUCCCUUGUGAACAUACCAUUCCAUUGCCCUCGUUCGGCCUACCAAAAGGAGGUAUGCUUAUUAGUUUCAUCUCUUCCUUCUCUCUCAUCUUCCAUCUCUUGUCUCCCGUGUUUCACCUUCCAUCUCUCUCCAUCUCUCGCCUUCCAUCUCUCGCCUUCCAUCUCUCGCCUUCCAUCUCUCGCCUUCCAUCUCUCGCCUUCCAUCUCUCGCCUUCCAUCUCUCGCCUUCCAUCUCUCGCCUUCCAUCUCUCGCCUUCCAUCUCUCGCCUUCCAUCUCUCGCCUUCCAUCUCUCGCCUUCCAUCUCUCGCCUUCCAUCUCUCGCCUUCCAUCUCUCGCCUUCCGUCUCUCGCCUUCCGUCUCUCGCCUUCCGUCUCUCGCCUUCCGUCUCUCGCCUUCCGUCUCUCGCCUUCCGUCUCUCGCCUUCCGUCUCUCGCCUUCCGUCUCUCGCCUUCCGUCUCUCGCCUUCCGUCUCUCGCCUUCCGUCUCUCGCCUUCCGUCUCUCGCCUUCCGUCUCUCGCCUUCCGUCUCUCGCCUUCCGUCUCUCGCCUUCCGUCUCUCGCCUUCCGUCUCUCGCCUUCCGUCUCUCGCCUUCCGUCUCUCGCCUUCCGUCUCUCGCCUUCCGUCUCUCGCCUUCCGUCUCUCGCCUUCCGUCUCUCGCCUUCCGUCUCUCGCCUUCCGUCUCUCGCCUUCCGUCUCUCGCCUUCCGUCUCUCGCCUUCCGUCUCUCGCCUUCCGUCUCUCGCCUUCCGUCUCUCGCCUUCCGUCUCUCGCCUUCCGUCUCUCGCCUUCCGUCUCUCGCCUUCCGUCUCUCGCCUUCCGUCUCUCGCCUUCCGUCUCUCGCCUUCCGUCUCUCGCCUUCCGUCUCUCGCCUUCCGUCUCUCGCCUUCCGUCUCUCGCCUUCCGUCUCUCGCCUUCCGUCUCUCGCCUUCCGUCUCUCGCCUUCCGUCUCUCGCCUUCCGUCUCUCGCCUUCCGUCUCUCGCCUUCCGUCUCUCGCCUUCCGUCUCUCGCCUUCCGUCUCUCGCCUUCCGUCUCUCGCCUUCCGUCUCUCGCCUUCCGUCUCUCGCCUUCCGUCUCUCGCCUUCCGUCUCUCGCCUUCCGUCUCUCGCCUUCCGUCUCUCGCCUUCCGUCUCUCGCCUUCCGUCUCUCGCCUUCCGUCUCUCGCCUUCCGUCUCUCGCCUUCCGUCUCUCGCCUUCCGUCUCUCGCCUUCCGUCUCUCGCCUUCCGUCUCUCGCCUUCCGUCUCUCGCCUUCCGUCUCUCGCCUUCCGUCUCUCGCCUUCCGUCUCUCGCCUUCCGUCUCUCGCCUUCCGUCUCUCGCCUUCCGUCUCUCGCCUUCCGUCUCUCGCCUUCCGUCUCUCGCCUUCCGUCUCUCGCCUUCCGUCUCUCGCCUUCCGUCUCUCGCCUUCCGUCUCUCGCCUUCCGUCUCUCGCCUUCCGUCUCUCGCCUUCCGUCUCUCGCCUUCCGUCUCUCGCCUUCCGUCUCUCGCCUUCCGUCUCUCGCCUUCCGUCUCUCGCCUUCCGUCUCUCGCCUUCCGUCUCUCGCCUUCCGUCUCUCGCCUUCCGUCUCUCGCCUUCCGUCUCUCGCCUUCCGUCUCUCGCCUUCCGUCUCUCGCCUUCCGUCUCUCGCCUUCCGUCUCUCGCCUUCCGUCUCUCGCCUUCCGUCUCUCGCCUUCCGUCUCUCGCCUUCCAUCUCUCGCCUUCCAUCUCUCCCCUUUCGUCCUCCCUGGUAA